UUAGUCGUUCUUUAGUUUCGACUAAGCAUCCGUCGAAGAUAGAGGAUCCUAGUUACACCACUUCCUCUUCCGGCUUACGGCUCGAUCUUUCUAUCUACGGUGUUUCAUUUCGUGCCUCGAAUAAGAUUACUUCAAAUGGGAAAUUUGAAAAAUUUCUUGGUGCUUCCGAGACAUUCGAUCAGUGCGAUUAAUUGAUCAUUGUGUUUCGUUCUCUAAAAAUGUGAAAUCUUCAUGGAAUUCAAACGAUGGAGUUUGGAAAUAAACGAACGUUAGAGUGUCAAUGAUAAUUGUUAUCGAUAAAGUGUUAAUAAUAAAGGUUUUCUUCCAUUUUGCUUUCUUCCAUAAGCGAUGGAACGACGGAGGAUACCGCGAAGAAGAGGCCUUUCCUCUGCGGAAACCCGAACUGAUUUAUCGACGAGUACGUCCACUCAGCAAUCGGAAGUAAUAGUGAGGUUACAGCCUAUCAACGGGAACUCGGAGAUCACAGGAUGCAAAGAUCGACCUCACAUUUGUGGAAAAGAGGCGGCUUGUCGCAGUUUCGACGACAACACGUCCAAGUGCGUCUGCCCCCAUGAUUUAUCCCCUCCGACGACGGACCUGAAGUGUCCGAACCGUUUAAUAGUUCCCUUAACCCCUCGACCCAUACCUAAUAUAAUACCCCCAAAUGGUAACUCUACCAAUAGCACAACCGCUCUUCCAGAAGCUGAACAGUAUUUUCAUACUGUCCAACAGGUGGAGCGAUCAAGACAAAGGGUACCUGAAAUAAUAGGAAUUGCUCUAGCUUUCGUCGCGGUAUUAGCAAUAUUGUUGAGCAUAGUUUACUGCGUGAAGAAACGGAGUUACAACGUGAAAUCGCAGAGGAAUUCUCUGGAUGGAACACCAAUGAACCUAAAAAAGGGACUACUACUAGCGAAUAAGUACACACCUAAUCCACAGUAUUUCAGCUGCGCUUCGCCGGAAGUACCGAUUCUGCAGCGCGAAUCUCUCAUGUUCCUGCAGGACAUUGGCGAGGGUUGCUUCGGGAAAGUGUAUAAAGGAGAAUUAAGCACCGGAGAAUCGAAGGAGAUCGUUGCCAUAAAGGUGCUGAAGGACAGCGCGUCGCGCGAGGCUGAAGAAGACUUUAUGCGAGAGGUCGACAUCAUGUCCACGUUUGGACAUCGAAAUAUUUUAUCCUUGAAAGGGGUGGUGCUUCGCGAUGGCAACAGCAGCCCUUGGAUGGUAUUCGAAUAUAUGCCCUUCGGAGAUCUUGCUGAAGUUCUGCGAUCGAACUCCCGACAGCUUAGAUCGUCGAAACCAGGUCUGCAACCUUUGACUCAGGAAUCUCUGCACUGGAUAACGAUCCAGAUCGCGGCUGGUAUGACUUAUCUAUCGGGUCAGAGAUUCGUCCAUCGAGAUCUGGCUUGCAGAAAUUGUCUCGUUGGCGAGGAUCUGAUCGUGAAAAUCGCAGAUUUCGGGAUGUCACGAGACGUAUACACUUGCGACUAUUAUAAGAUAGGAGGUUCUAGACUUCUACCCGUUCGAUGGAUGUCACCUGAAAGUGUGAUGUACGGUCGUUUCACCCUGGAAAGUGACGUCUGGAGUUUCGGGGUUGUUUUAUGGGAAGUCUACUCUUUCGGCAAGCAACCGUAUUACGGGCACAACAACGAGGAGGUAGUUAAAUUGAUAUUCCAAGGAAUAAUGCUGAUCCCACCGGAAGGAUGUCCGCCAUUCGUGUGCCAAUUAAUGAGGGAAUGUUGGAAAACGGAUCCGAAAGACAGAAUAAAAUUCGCUGAAAUAUUAGAGAGGCUUGAGAAAGCGAAAGAUAAAUCCAUCCAACAGUAUACGUUGCCGAGGCCACCUCAAGGGCCAGUUACCAUUCGUACACCGGAUGUUCUCGAUCCUGACGGCUAUUUAUUGCCAGCCCCAACCAAACCCCACGAAUAUUUGCAAACUUUACCAGCCUUAUCGGACUGAAUCAUUCAUUGAUAACGAUGACAUAGAUUAAAGUCAAUGAUAUCAGGGAACUCGUGAAAGUUCGACGAACUUUCGUUGUCCAGGAAAUAGUAUUAAUACAUUUGUAAUGCUAAGGGAAUGUAACAUAUGUACUUUGAAAUAAUUUAUUAUUAACUAGGGAUCAGAAAGGGAAUUGUACAUGAUUGUUACAGGUUCGUACCGUAGAAUUCCAUCCGUGAACAUCGCUUCCUCUAUUCGAUAUUUUUACAAAUACGAAAGAUGUUUCCAGCAUACGCGAUCAUUGUAUUAAAUAAUAAAAUUUUUAUUAAAUUUC